AUGUCUUACACUCAACAACCGCCUACAACGCUGCAUACAGAUAGUUCGCGAGCGAGUCUUAUCGAUGUUACUAGCGGUGAAGCAUUAUUUCAACAAGCCGUCACUGAACGUAACUUCCUACGAUCACAGAAUGAUCAGUUAUGGAAGAUAAUAGAAAAACAAAAUAUCGUAAUUCAGGGCAUGCAAAAAGAUAUUCAAAAAUUAGUAAAUGAGCGAGAUAGAUUAUAUCAAAAAUUGAAAGUUGACUCGUAUGGGCAACCGUCCCCCGGAGAGGAGACUAGACAAAUAACAAGGAAAGAUUCCAAUGACCACAAACAAAUGGAGAGCGGUCCUGGGCUUGUUAAUGGGUUGGCUGCGCCAAACUACCUCGGCGAUAAUUCUACAUCACCAUCUUCGUCAAUAUCAACAAGACAGGAGCUAAAUAAUGAAGGACAUGUUGAUCAUGGAAUUCAGUUUACGCCCCCUCAGGAGGAAAUGGAAAAACAAGUGAAGCAAAACGUUGAGAAAGUGACGCAGAAAAUACAGGAUGGCUCUGCGUCUUAUAUCGACUCUGAAAUAGUAUUGCGGCGUCAAGACUCGACCACCUCAGUUUCUACAACAGCUACUUCGAUGACCUCAAUCUCUGUAUCUUCAUUAUACAACCUGUAUGAUAGACAUGAUCAACCGGCAAUCCAAGAGACUGCCGAAACCACUCAAGAGUCACUUGUCGACAGUGACCAUCCAUUUGUAAAUGAGGGCGAUUUGACACCUAAACAACGACCAGUAUCAGUGGUAAACAUAAUUCCACCAAAGCUGGCCAAAGAGUCUGAUAAUAAUAAUCUGUCAAUAGUUCCACAUAUUACUAUAGCACCAGAACUAGGCGGUUCCAUAGACCGUACUUCUACAAAGACCCAAUCAAGGGACAGUAGUCAAUCACCAGAGUUAACUCAUACCGUUUUAACUGAUGAUAAAAGAGUAUUGUCAGAAAGUCAAAGCAUUAUUAAUUCACCAUCACAUACAAGCCCGACCCCUGAGGAAUCUACAACACCCGACCACGUAUCAUCACAAACUCACGCCGUAAAACCUUCUACUGUCCCAAGAGUCAAUAGGCGUGAAAGUGAUGACAAAACCGUUCUUCGGUCACAAUCCAAACAACCAGGUCAUCAUUCUAAAACUCCUAGUUCUGUUCAACAGGAUGUUGAAGGGGAACCAACACAGCCCACUCGGACGAGAGCACGCGAAGGCUACAACGUAAAAUCAAACCAAACAGAUAACGAUAAACAAUCCUCUCGACAAUCUCUUUCUGUCAAUAGCACUAUCUCCUCGAAUAUUCCAACUACGCCAAAUACUCCACCUAUACAGAAUACUGUGCCUGUACAAAAUAUUUCAUCUGCACAAAUUACGUCAACAGUACAAAAUACGCAAAAUAUACCAAAAGUUAUCGUUAAUAAUGGUCAUGCUAGAACAGGUAGCGGUCUUCCUCACGUGAACAGUGUUCCUGACCUAAGUUCGCAAUCGAACCCAACGCAAAGAAUACCAAAACAUUACAAAUCGUUCGAUAAUGGUGUCAUAUCACGACAGCGUAAUCGUGCAUCAAUGGCACCAAACGAAAAGACAAAUAAUGUUUCUGCGAUGCCGGAUAAUGAAGGACGCGAAAGCACUGUAAGCGGUAUUAUAGCAGCGGCUCAGCAGAGUUCACAACAGCAGCACCUACACAUGUUAUAUCAGUCAUCUGCAGGAUCCUCAUCUACCACUUCUUUAGCGACAACGAUAACUACGGCAACUACGGCAACUACAGCAACCACGACAACCAACGCAACCGCGAUGCUUUUAGAUAACUUGAACGGGAUCACCGUCAAGAAGGUUGCUGAAGAUGGGAAUGUGGUUGGAGUGGAAGAGUUAUGGCGUGUUGCCAAGUUAUAUUCCGACUUUUUAGCUCUCGAUGUUAAGGUUGCUCUUGAACAUUAUCUUCAGCGUACAAUAUCGUUGCAACGGAAAGAUUAUAAAGACUUGUGCGAGUUUUUGAGCACGAACGUAGUAGAACAGAAUGAAAAGUAUUAUGUGCCCGGCCACAAAAAAGGUUAUUUAACAAAGCGCGGAAAGAGUUUUGGUGGUUGGAAGACGCGUUACUUUGUCCUGAGCAGUCCAGUUCUCGAGUAUUAUGAAAGCGAGGAUGGUCAUCACCUCGGCUCAAUCCGGCUGACGGGCGCACAAAUAGGUCGACAACAGGCAAACGUGGGUGUCGACCCUGAAGGAUUCGGAGACGAAGAUGCAUUUCGCCAUGCGUUCUUAAUAUUAGAAGCCAAGUCGGGCAUGAAGGGCAACGUCCGGCAUGUUCUGUGUGCGGAAAACGAUACCGAAAGAGAUGAAUGGGUAGAGGCUUUGUUACAAUACGUCGGUGAAGAAGACGUACGAGAUCGAAGGAGUUCAAAGAAAUUGGAUGGCAAGAAAAAGCCAGUAAUUGCCAAAGUAGACGCUAAGCCUAUUGCUCAACUCGAAAAAGAUGAAGUUGACCAGAAGCUAAUAAUCAGUGAUAUUACGUUAAGACAAACGCGAGAAGAGGCCCAAAAUGAAAUGCCACGUAACGAAUCACCUACAGUGGUUGAACCGCAAUCGUCGGCUUCCUCGACACCUUCAUCUUCUCUAACACAAUCCAUAUUAUCCACAUCUCCUCCUAUACAAUCGAUACUCUCUUCUUCGGUAUAUUCAUCUCAAUCGUCGAGUUCGAAUCAAUCGCUUCAAGAUUUUCAGUCUGGAAUCGGCAGUCAAUCUUCGUCGUCAUACUUACCUAGCUUCCGUGAUAGCGUUCCACCGCCAAAACGCCACGAAGAAGGAGAAAAGAAGGAUCGGUCGCGUGUUAGGAUGACGUUCUUUGGUAAAUCAAUGUUUGGUAAUCCGAAGAAAGAAAUUGAUAUGUCCAAGAUCGUCUUUGGAAUACCUCUUGAUCAAGCUAUUGCCGUCGCGAGAAUAAAGGAAGGAUAUGAACUUCCAGCGGUUGUUUACCGCUGCAUUGAGUUUUUGGAUGCUCAUAAUGCUGCAUUGGAAGAGGGAAUUUAUCGUUUAAAUGGAUUAAAUACUGCAAUUAAAGCAUUAAAGGCUAAAUUUAAUGCUGAGGGUGAUGUGGAUUUGUUAAAGGAAGGAAGUCCUUACGAUGUACAUGCGGUAGCGGGUCUAUUAAAGAUGUAUUUAAGAGAAUUGCCGACAAGCGUGUUGACCAAGGAUCUGCAUCAUGAGUUUGUUAAUGUCAUAGAUCUGUUAGAUAGACGAGACCGUGUGAACGAACUUGGUCGGUUGGUUUCCGCUCUCCCUCUAUCCAACUAUACGCUCCUCCGAACACUGAUUGGUCAUUUAAUUCGCAUAGUACAGCAUUCUCAUACGAACAAAAUGACUUUACGCAAUAUUGGAAUAGUAUUCUCUCCGACUCUUGGCAUACCAGCAGGCGUAUUUAAUCUGUUUAUGGCUGAAUAUGAUUACAUCUUUUUCACGGAUGCCGAUGGCUGUGCAGCUCCAAGGAGUCUUUCGCCAGAUCUACAGGAUGCGCAGCAAAUGCCUCCUCAGCAAUCGCCAUCAGAAACAUCUUUUCCCUCUACUAGCUCUUCCAAUGACGGGUUAAAACCGCAGUCUCUAAAUCCAUCCAAUAUGGAAAACUCUAGUUUACGAGCAAACUACCUUCGCGAAGACGCGUCUGGUCGCACUAAUCGGAAUAGCGUCCAAUACAUGGAAGGUCUCCCUAAUGCCCUUGUUGGACUUGAAAGAAAAUUAACAAUAACCCGCCGCGAUUCUGACGACGAGGAAGUGAACGAUCUUGCUCUACAAGCCGAUGAUGACGAAGAAGAAGAAGAUCAUUCGGCUGAUGAGGGACAGAGUAUAGCUGGAAAUGUUUCUCCGACACCGCCAUCUGCGUCAGUUCCCCAGAGUCCACAAUCAUUCAACCCAACCGUUCCGGCGUCGCCGAGGGAUGAAAGUUUCGCAACAAUGGAAAGUGGUGAUUCUUUGGAUGGAAAAGGGCGGCGGGAAAAUACCGGGCAAAGGUUGAGCAAGGAUGAUUUGGAUGCGAUGACAAAGACAAAAAGGACGACAGUGAGAAACUUUUCAUCGCUUGAUUCAGUUUUAUCUGCCUUCACAGACAAGAACGUCAAUGGAGGUGUGGACGUGCGUGUAGUGCAGAAAGAAGAGUAA